GGCAUUCUUCAUCGUGAUUGUAGUCUCAACAAUUCGAUGAUCGAAGAUGAUGGUAACAGAUCCCAUGGAACCUUGAUUGAUUGGGAGUUCGCCGUGUUUAUCGCCCAGGGUCAAAAAUACGCUAGAGGUGGGACAGUGAGUUUGAUAUUUUCCAAAGCAUGUAUUCAUCUGCUGAUAUCGACAAUUAGGGCACAAUGUCUUUCAUGUCGCGAUCACUCCUGUUCCAGCUCUCAGAGGCUGUUGAUAGCAUCGCAACACCUGAACGCAGCUUGA